CUUGCUUGCAAGGACUGGACUGGGUUGUUCUCUAUAAGAGCAUCAUUAUCACCCCACCCACAACACACACAACACAACCCUCUCUAAAGAUACCAAAGAAGAAAAAUACAACAAAAUGCCCAACCGUCUUGGCAUAGCCUCCAUGUCCCUGGGCCGUCCAGGCAUCCACUCCCUCCCCUGGAAACUUCACGAAGCCGCCCGCCACGGCUACAGCGGGAUCGAGCUCUUCUUUGACGACCUGGACCACUACGCAAACACCCACUUCAACGGCAGCCAUGUCGCGGCCGCUCACGCCGUGCACGCUCUCUGCACGACCCUCAACCUCACCAUCAUCUGCCUGCAACCCUUCUCCUUCUUCGAGGGUCUCGUCGACCGCAAGCAAACCGAGUACCUGUUGACUGUGAAGCUGCCCACAUGGUUCCAACUCGCCCGCAUCCUCGACACCGACAUGAUCCAGGUGCCCUCGAACUUUGCGCCCGCCCAGCAAACCACGGGUGACCGGGACGUGAUCGUUGGCGACCUCCAGCGCCUCGCAGAUAUUGGUUUGGCACAGUCCCCGCCGUUCCGCUUCGUAUACGAGGCACUGGCCUGGGGCACGCGGGUUAACCUGUGGGACGAGGCGUACGAGAUUGUCGAGGCGGUGGACCGUCCUAACUUCGGUAUCUGUCUUGAUACGUUUAACCUUGCGGGCAGGGUAUACGCACACCCAGGCCGGAAGGACGGAAAGACAGUCAACGCGGAAGCAGAUCUAGCUGCGUCGUUGAAGAAGUUGCGCGAGACGGUGGAUGUCAAGAAGGUGUUUUACGUGCAGGUAGUUGAUGGAGAGAGGCUGGAUAGGCCGUUGGAUGAGACGCAUCCGUUCCAUGUGGAGGGGCAGCCGGUGCGGAUGAACUGGAGUCGCAAUGCGAGGUUGUUCGCGUUUGAGGAGGAUCGCGGUGGGUAUUUGCCCAUUGAGGAGACCGCGAGAGCGUUCUUUGAUACUGGAUUUGAGGGGUGGGUGUCGCUGGAGUUGUUUAGUCGGACGUUGGCGGAGAAGGGGACGGGGGUUGUCACGGAGCAUGCGAGACGUGGGCUGGAGUCGUGGAAGGAGUUGUGUCGGAGGUUGGAGUUUAAGGGGGCGGAGCCGGGACUGGACUUUGUUCCUGGGGAGGUGAAGGUGCAGUCUGUUGCUGUGGGGAGUGCGAAGGCGAAGGUCGAGGAGGAGAUCGGGGCUGUGCAGCAUCGGUUGUAGAUGCUACACUACUGUGUAUAUGUGCUCAUGGUUUGUAUAUAUGAUGUUACUAUUUCGGGUUGGUUUGGCAUGUUUUGUUAUAGAUACA